GAAAAACAUUUUUUUUAGUUUUCUUCCUGGAGCAAAAGCAUUUUUCAUGUAUCGCCAUGGACAGUAGAAUAGUGUUGUUUCGUCUUCUCACAAAAUAUCUUACCAUCGGGAUUUUUGCAACGGCAUAUGAUAACGUUGCAUUACGUAAGUUGACAGGGCAGCAGUGUCCUUAUACAGAUCGUCCAUUAAAUGCCAUUGCGAUGGCAGAGAAAGCCGUAGAUGGGCUGUAUUCGAACCGGAGUGUCUUCGGAGGACAGUGUACGAUUUCGGCAAACUCAGAGAUAAAGGCAACCUUGUGGGUGGAUCUAGGAGUUGUAUCCAGUAUACAUCAUAUAACUAUCUAUUAUAGGACGGAAAAUAACCCUUGGGAUGAAACUAAUAAUUACACGUCACGAUUUCUUGGUUUCUCGGUUUACAUCUCGAAUACAACCAACAAAGAUGAGGGUAUUCUAUGUUUUAAAGAUACAAAAUACACCAGAGCCACAAUUCCGGAUAUUGUAACCAAAGAAUGUGUAACACACGGGCGAUACGUUAUCUACUACAAUGAGAGACUGUCAAGGGCUAAUAACCCUCACGGAUAUUCCGAAUGGGCAUUCAGUGAACUAUGUGAACUUGAAGUUUACGGAUGCUCAACCCCAGGUGUUUACGGAAAAAAUUGUGAUGUACCGUGUCCACAGAACUGUCAGGAGAGACAUUGUAACAUUGUGAAUGGAACCUGUCUUGGAUGUGUUACAGGGUACAAAGGUCCACGGUGUGAAGAACAAUGCGAUAAUUAUAAAUACGGCUUUGAGUGCAGUCUGACCUGUGGUAAUUGUAGUAAUGGAGAACAAUGUAAUCACGUCAACGGAAGUUGUACAAACGGAUGUGGCGUUGGAGCUCAAGGAUAUUUAUGUAACGAAACAUGCCCUGUGGGACGUUAUGGUAACAACUGUCUGGAUAUUUGUAGUAUCAACUGUGGAGUGCCACUCUGUUACAUCUGUGGAAGAUGUAACAGAGUGACAGGGGAAUGUCAAAGGGGAUGUCAACCGGGAUGGAAAGACAUGAGAUGUGACAAGAAAUGUGAUGAGAAUAAAUUUGGACUAAACUGUGCUCAGUCAUGCGGAGUUUGCAUGGGAAAAGAACAAUGUCAUCACAUAAACGGGACAUGCUUGACUGGCUGCGAUAGAGGUUAUCAAGGGAUCAAAUGUACACAAGAAUGCCCCGAUGGACGUUAUGGCUACAACUGCAAUGAAACAUGUAAUAUCAACUGUGGGGUUCCUGGACGAUGUAACAGAGUAACAGGAGAAUGUCAAGGCGGGUGUCAGGAGGGAUGGAAAGACAUGAGAUGUGAUCAGAAAUGUGGUGAUGAAAAAUUCGGACUAAACUGUGCUCAGUCAUGCGGGAUUUGUCUUGAUAAAGAACAAUGUCAUCAUAUAAACGGGACAUGCUUGAAUGGCUGUGACAAAGGAUACCAAGGAACCAAUUGUAAUGAAGAAUGCCCCUGGGGUUUUCAUGGUUAUAGUUGCAACAAAACAUGCAGCAACGAUUGUUUUAAUAGAAGUUGUAACGCUGUAACUGGAGCAUGUCCGGUGGAGGCUACUUCAGAUCUCCUGGAAACUAACACUUUCCUUAUCAUUGGAGGGACAACAGCAAUCAUCGUCGUUAGCCUGGCGGCAGCCAUAUUAUGUUUUAUCUUCAGAAGGAAAAAUACAAGUGGGACAGCAAAAUACCAAAAUAAUUCAAAGAAGAAAGCUGAGAAGUUGUCCUUAGAAAAUACAACACCUAAUAAGGAUAUAUAUGACGAAAUUGGUGAGAAAGGAACGUAUCAAGAACUUGAACCCAGGACAGAGGUAUCUGAUGAUGGUAGAUAUGAGAAAUUGGGAGUAUCUGACACUGGUGAAAAUCAUGAACUUGGGCCAGGAAUGGAGAUUCAUGAUAAAUCUAAAGACAACACAGAAUACCAGGAACUGGGUCAAAUAAAUGAACACUUUUAUUAUGACAAAUUACAAUAGCUUGGAGUUUGGAAAUUUGAUUUUCUUUAAACAUCAACGAAUUCAAAACGAACACCGAAAGAUAUGUUCAUGCACUAGUGUGAAUACAUUUACAUAAUACAGAGAAACAUAGACAUCUCUAUAAACGUGAAUGUUCAGAAUGUGUUAUUUGUCUACUAUUAAUCUAGCACUAUGAAAAGAAAUUGUAGAUGAAGAAGCAAAAUGUCUUAUUAAGGAAGACUACUGUAAAUAAUACUUUAUGCGUUGUUUUCUAAUGGGAAAGAAGAACCCAAAAAAGAUUUGAAUCCAAUGAUGGUUUUUAUUUCAUGUGUUAAGGGUAUAGAGUCAUGAAAAAUGCUAGUCUCAACCAACUCUCCAAUUUUAUACCUAUUUUUCUUGAGUCAAGGUUUAUCAAAUGAAAAGAUCUAAAAUAUCUUCCAAUUUAAGACAUUUCUUCUGUUGAUAUUAUUUGUAUCUUCUGAAUAAAUCAGAUUAAAUAUCUCUGUUACAUAUCGAGUAUCGGAACAUAUGUUCGUGGUGUACAUAAUUGAAUUUUAUGUUCUAAACUAUUUUUGAUAACAUGACAAUUAGAUUAAUAUUAGCUGCUUUUUCUAAUAUAACUAAAAAGUAAAUCGUUGCCUACAGUAUCUCAGAUAACGGCAACUAAAUUUCUUUCACCUUUUCGAUAGACAAAUAUCAGAUUAAAGACAGGUAUCUGGAUUUAUUUCAAAUGAUUUAAAUUUACAUUCUUAAUGUAGGUCUUUAUGAAAAAUGGCGAUAUUUUUCAGAAUUUGAACUUUUCGAUAGAGUUAUAUAAGAUAAAAGGCUGAUAUCUGAAUUCUAAAUUGAUACCUACGAUACAUUUUUUACAAAAAUAUGCCCUUAUUUCUUGAAUUUGGA